UGAGACAAUUCUGUUCCUUACGGUACCAAAAGAGCAAACUCAUACUGGGUUGGCCUGGCUGGUCUGUCCACCACGGAUAUGAAUAAGGCGUUCCAGGAUAUUGCCAAUGCAGGUGGAACGACUGUUAGGACAUGGGGUUUCAAUGAAGUCACGAGCCCGAAUGGUGUGCCAUACUAUCAACGAUGGUCUGGAUCUACACCCACAAUCAAUACCGGUACCGAUGGUCUUCAAAACUUUGACAAGGUCGUCGCGGCCGCAAAGGCGAACGGAAUUCGCCUCAUCGUCGCCUUAACAAAUAACUGGGCUGAUUAUGGUGGUAUGGAUGUGUAUGUCAAUCAAAUCGUUGGCCAAGGGCAACCCCACGAUUUGUUCUACACGAACGCAAAAGUCAUUAGUGCGUUCAAGAGUUAUGUUUCCACCUUUGUCGGCCGCUACAAGAACGAACCGACGAUCAUGGCUUGGGAGCUCUCAAAUGAACCUAGGUGCAAGGGCACCACUGGUACUACCUCUGGAACGUGCACGACUCAGACCAUCACUAAGUGGGCUACCGACCUUAGCGCGUACAUCAAGUCAAUCGACUCCAACCAUCUAGUUGCAAUUGGAGAUGAAGGAUUUUUCAACCAACCCGGAAACCCGUCUUAUCCGUACCAGGGAGGCGAAGGUGUUGAUUUCGACGCCAAUCUGAAGAUCAGUAGCAUUGACUUUGGAACGUUCCACGCAUAUCCCAUUUCCUGGGGGCAAACAUCGGACCCAGCUGCUUGGGGAUUGCAAUGGAUAAAAGACCAUGCCACAUCGCAAAAGGCAGCGAACAAACCGGUUAUUAUCGAGGAAUACGGAAUCACACCAGCCAAUAUCCAGGGAUCCACGUACACUUCAUGGCUCUCGACCGUCGUAAGCUCAGGAUUAACCGGCGACCUCAUUUGGCAAGCUGGCACCGUUCUCUCGAACGGUCAAAGAACGAGUAACGAUGGCUACGCGAUCUUUCCGGACGAUGCCACAUAUCAGGUUUUAAAGAACCAUGCGGCUGCCCUUAAGUCGAGGGGAUAGAUCCAGAUCUCGUCAACUUCUUGCUCAAUUUUCAGCGCUUGAAGUUAAUAGUAGGAAGUUUAUGUACCUUUGUCGUGUAUCCUCGAAUCAAAGGUGCUACCAGAUCAAACUCGAAAUAAGGUGUUCAGUCAACACUUGAGCUCGAAGUGGCAUCGCCCACUGUACUGGGUCCGCCGGAUAUUGCUUGCAGGCCAUAGUAGCUCCGAAGACCUGGAGGUAUUGAGGAAACUGACUUCCGUAACGCUACUCGACUUGGGGCUCGAAGGACUCGGUGUGAGAGAAGGUGACCGUCACACUGGCA